AUGCCGGGCACAAUCAGCAACCUGCGCAUAGCCCUCUCCUCAAAGAAGCCCAAUGUGCCCUCGACGAUGCUGGCGACGAUAGCGGCCGCCAAUGGACUGAACAUCAACAUGGACGCCAUCCGGCCGCACAAGUGCCACUGGCCUGACUGCAAGUUCGCCACCAAGGACCGAAAGACGCUGCGCACCCAUAUGCGAAUCCACACCAAGGAGAAGCCCUUCAAGUGCUCAUUCCCCAACUGCAGCUACGAAACGGGUGAUCCGUCGAACUACCGAAAGCACAAACGACGACACAUUGCGCACACCAUUUUUGCCUGCGACUUUGACGGCUGCAACUUUACCACGAACAAACCCGACUUUAUGCAGAGCCACAUUGCCAUCCACAAGGGACUGAAGCCCUUCCUCUGCGACUUUGAGAACUGUGCCUCCUCCUUCUACACUCGCUCAAAGUUGGAAGCCCACCGGCGCAAGCACCUGGCAUCGGGUGAAUUUCCAAUGUCACUGGCGCACAUAGACGAGAAGGACAAGCCCAUUGUGUGCACGUACCCCAACUGCGGCAAGCGAUUCAUCAACGCCGCCGGCCUAGCCAGCCAUGAAGUGACGCACCUGGCGACGCACAACAAGUACGGCGCAUUUCUGGCAGAGCACGAACGCGAGAAGCCGGUCGUCUGCAACUUUCCCAACUGUGGCAAGCGCUUCCUCAACACCGCCGGUCUGGCCGGCCACGAGGUGACCCAUCGCAACUUUAUCAGCCAGAACAUGGGCGCCAUCUUUAAGAAUCUGAGCUUCAAUCAGCUGAAGACACUGGGCAUCUUCUCGGUGGCCAAUGCCAAGGGAGGCGGAGGAGGAGGGGGUGGUGGUGGUUCGGGCGCCUCUUCAGUCGGCGGCGGUGGGCCGCAGUCCUCGCAGUCGAGCAGCGGCGCCAACAGCAACAGCAGCUCGCCCAGUCCCCAGCAGAUGCAGCAGUACCAACAGGCGAUGCUGGCCGCACAAAAGUCAGCCGAAGAACAUUCGACAAAGGAGGCCAAUGGACAGGUCAUCGUACUCGACAUUUGA